UUUAGCAUCCUCCAAACGUCGCUGGGGCGCUUGGGUUUUAUCCCUUUUUAAUGUGAACUAUCGUCUAUCUCUCACGACUAAAAUUAGGAGCAACAAUUCAAACUCUACUGUAUAUAACUAUUGCUUAAGUUACUUUUUAAACAAAACCAGAGCGUUUAAAAUUGUGAUUAAACGUGAGUUCUUCUCGUUAGGUUCUUCCUCUACAUUGUAUAUGGUGUAGUGCAAGUGGACUACCGACUAUCACGCGAAAAAAGUAGCGUGCUACUGAAAGUAAGCUACUUCUAAGCUGAAGCAACGCUACAAGCAACCAUGGCCACCACAUUCAACCUUUGGGCCGAGCCCUCGGAGAAACCGGAGACACUAUCCGACGACUCACAACCGGAAAUAAAAAGACGGAGAAUACUGGAAGAAUGCGAUACAGUACGAGGAAAAGAAGCAGUUGCGGCGGCGGCAGCAGCAGCGGCAGCAUCAGUGCCGAAUAUGGUUAUAGAACCGCCGGAUUCUAAAGCACCCAUCUCGGGGUCAUCCUUUGGACAGUUUUCGGAAAAAUCCGUCCGAAUGAUGCAGCAGAUGGGUUACAAGGCAGGCACUGGUCUGGGCAAGUCUGGCCAAGGACGGAUAGAUUUAAUUGAAACAUCUUCGCAAAAGGGACGAAGCGGCUUAGGUAUGAAAAUGGAUCAAUUUGAUAGCGCAGCUGCACAAUUUGAUGCUGCAGAAGAAGUCAUAAAGAUUCCCGAAGAAAUGGUCUGGCUUUAUAACUGUUCAAAAAUCGACGAACCGGAGAUCACCCAAGAGGAACUGGAUAGUUGGAUGGUGAUUGGUGCUCCAAAGCGUACCAUUGACGAUGAGACCCGCUUCUGUGAUCCGAAGGUGUUACAGGCUAUAAUAGAUGGAAAAUCAGUUUUUGAUCAACUUGGCCAAAACGAUAUGCGUAAGGCGCGGUUCCGCUCAAAUAUGUUUGAACUGAUUAGAAACAAUAUAUUUAUGAACCGCGCCGCAGUUAAGCUGGCCAAUCUAGACUCGAUGUGCGAAUGGACGAUCACAGAACCGCUCGACAGACAUGGCCAACUUUUCGUGAAGGAGGAUGAGGUGUUUUUUUUCGCGGACGUGUGUGCCGGGCCUGGAGGCUUCUCGGAGUACAUACUCUGGCGGAAGGGUUGGCGAGCGAAGGGAUUUGGCUUUACGCUCCGCGGUGAAAACGAUUUCAAAUUGGAUGGUUUUAUUGCCGGAACGCCAGAAACGUUCGACCCGUAUUAUGGACCAAAUGACGAUGGCAACAUCUACGAUCCGGCUAAUAUUGACGGGUUCAGCGAGUACGUAUUGCGGCAGACAAAUACGGGCGUGCAUCUGAUGGUGGCCGACGGUGGCAUAUCGGUCAAAAAUGAAGAGAACAUUCAAGAAAUUUUGCUAAAGCAACUCUACUUGUGCCAGGUAAUUGUGGCUCUCGAUAUCGUGCGUCCGAAUGGCAGCUUAGUGUUAAAAGUUUUCGAUCAGUUCACGCCAUUCAGCGUCGGGCUCGUCUAUCUUUUAUAUCGAUGUUUUGGGCAGAUUUCAAUCUGCAAGCCAAACAGUAGCCGACCAGCUAACUCGGAGCGCUAUAUUGUGUGCAAGUGGAAGAAAUCCAAUACCGAUAUCAUUGCGAAACAUUUGAAGGACGUCAACCGGCGUAUAUACGAGAAAACGGACCCAGAAACAGACAUACUCGAGCUGGUAGCCGAUUCGGUGUUGCGCGAGGAUCGUGAAUUUAUCGAAUACAUAGAAAACAGUAACAAUUCGUACGGCCGAAUGCAAGCGAUAGCACUGCAGAAAGUCGCUGCGUACUGUGGAAAUCGCGAUCUGACCGAGCACCGACAGCGUGAGGUGAAAAAGCAAUGCUUGGCACUGUGGAAUCUUCCUGAUGCUACCCGUAACAUUCCGAAGGCCAAAGGAGACCCCGAUCAGUAUAUCGAGAAGUUUUACGAAGUUUGGCGGGCUCUAGCGAAAUCUGUUGGUCUACCGGAACGAAAUUUGUUGCCGGAUCUGCGAGUGAACUUCCCAUCAGCUCACGACUGGUAUUUCGUGCCGAUUGGCAACCCCAACAACCAGGGUAAGAACCUUCGAUCGAUGCUACUCGGUAAAGCCGGAAAGGAAGUAUAUAAGUUUGACGCGAAGCAGCGCGGCUGGACGCUAGUGAAGGACAUAGCCAUUGAGUUGCCGCCUAAAACGAUCAUCUACGGAGAAAUUGUAAGAGAACUUCAGGGCGAAGGAAAGUCCCAGGUCGUCAUCAACACGCUACACAUCAUCGAUGGACUAGUGUUGGGCGGUGAGGACAUCCGCUGUUUGCCGUUGGCGAAAAGGAAUGCCCGCUGUCAUCAGUUUGCGAAAGCUCUCAACAAACCCAUCAAGAACACCGGAUCGAGCGACGCAAUUUCUACGGCAUCAUCCGCGACCACCGGUUGCUCACUUCAAAUCAGAGCAAAGCAGCUCUAUUCUCUCUUUGACAUGGAAACUUUUUUCACUUCAUUGAAAUCGUGCGAACUAAAGACCGGUAACAACCGACUCGGCUAUCACGUAACAAAUAUUAUUAAUCCGGAUCGGUUGUAUGUUCCGUACGGAUUGCUUUUCCUACGAGAAGUGAAACCAGACUAUAUGAAAACCUUAUCAAAAAAGCAUAACAAAUUUUAUUAUUUUCACACUAAAACGAAGGAAUCACGCUUUCCUGAACAAUUUAACAAUCAAGAAAAGGAAACUCUUGCUACAUUUGAUGAAACUUUUCGUACGCGUCUUUUCUGGGAGUGGACAAAUGUGCAUCAAGUGCAAGACGAAGUAGAGGAGAAGCAUGCCGAUCAUGUUUACCGUGUUGAUUUCAAUAACUAUAUGAAAAACAAUUACUCGCGCUAGAUAAUGCACAGGGCAGAUAAGCAGGCAGAGUGAGAAGAAAUUGAAAAUUGAAUUGGAAUUGUAAAUUUGAAUUGUUAAACAGCGAAAUAAACCAAAUUGAACGAUGUAGCAAUAUGUGCAAGGGACAUAACCAUGGAUCAAGCUGGCCGGUAAACGGUUGAUAAUAAAUUGACUAUCAAACCGCAAAAACUGUGUUGCAA